AUGGUACCCGAUGAAACUCCUAUGUUUGACCCAAGUUUGCUCAAAGAAGUGGACUGGAGUCACAAUACAACUAUAUUAUCUCUAGCCACUUCUCCAACACAUCCUGGAGGAAGUUUGGUUUUGAGGCCUCUCUGUACUGUGGACUUAAAUAAAGGGUUUCUUAAAGGUAUUGGGUCAGUCGAGAGAGACUGGCGUCAUCAACCCGGAGUAGUUCGUGAAAUCUUUGAGCCUAUGAAGAGGUCUGGGGAUUACUAUGUUACAGUUGUAGAAGAUGGAACCCUAGGACAAAUUGUGGCUACAGCAACUCUGAUAAUAGAACAUAAAUUUAUCCAUUCAUGUGCUAAGAGAGGAAGAGUAGAAGACGCGGUCAUUAGUGACGCGUGCAGAGGAAAGCAGCUUGGCAAACUGUUACCAACUCUAACUUUGCUAAGCAAGAUGAGCUGUUACAACAUCACCCUUGAAUGUCUACCGCAACAUGUCGGUUUCUUCAAAAAGAAGUUUGCCUAUACAGUAUCUGAAGAAAAUUACAUGUGUUGGAAGUUUCUAAAGUAA